UGCCAGUCCUUAUAUGAGUUGCUUCUCUCCAGGAACAUCUGUCUGAAGACCCACGCGCUUUACUUAUUGGUCAAAUGACAUCAGGGUUGCAACAUGGUGAGUUUGUUGAUUAACCAAAACUGCAUGGAAAGUUUGCGGAAGGACAUCACUGAUCUCCAAGGGACGGUCAUCAGCGUUUUCUCUCACGCUGGAGCAGUGCGCUUUCCUUCCUGGAAAUUUCCAGAUAAAGUGUCCUGUGACCUGGACUUGGUGGCUUUGAUGGAAUAUUAUGAUUUUGUCGAGAGUGACCCUGAAUUCACACAGCAUUCCCACGUGGUUCUUCUGGAACUAGUGAUUGACAGGCUUCUGUUGCUGCUCCAGAGCUUCACGGGAUACACUGAGGGCCUCAUCAGCGAGGAAGCUGUGCCCCCUUCCCGGGCAGUAGGACCUUCCAUGUCUGUUGGGCUGGCUGUAAGGAAGUACUGGAACAGUAUGCUGAAACUGGGGGCCCUUUAUCAGCAGCUGGCAGCCGAGAAAAAAUACUCCAAUGACAACACUUCUAGCCUAAAAUGUUCCUUCCAGGCUACAAAAGCCGAGAAUGGGCGUCUAAAAAGUGGGUCUCCUGAGUCAGAUGUGACUUUGCCCAGCUUUCGAUCUUCCCCUUUAGCUUCUUCCGCUAGCAGCAGGAUGCUGGACCACACCCUCAGUGCCCGCUCUGUUCAGAGGUCAGCCUGUAAUGCUAUUCUGUCUGUCCGGAGUGUCCACUCCCAGACAAUUGAGAGCUCUUUGGUGCCCUGCGAUGCGUGUGAAAGCACCCAGUUCAGCCUCGAGGAAGUGGGAAGGGCCAUUAUGGACAUCUGUACCACCCUGAGCAUCCCAUCUUCCCUGGGCAAGUUCCUCAAGAUGGUGGAGGAAAGCCUUGGUGGCAAGUCCCUCACAGCCAUCGACAUCAGCUACUGGGCCACCGAGCAGAACAAGGACCUCUCCCGGAUCAAUAAACAUAUCCACAUGCUGAUGGGACUCGUCAAUCCUUUGAAAGGAGAAUUGGCAGAGUCUGAGAAGCAGAAGGAUGAGCUGAAGAAGCAGCUGGAGGGCCUGGACAGCUGUCUGCAGAAGGAAAAAGAUGCCCAGAAGCAACAGAAGGAACAGACCAAGCUGCUCUUACAAAAACAAGAGAGGGAGGGCCAGCAACUGAUGGCCGAGCUGCAGAAGGCGAAGGAGGAUCUUGAAAACCGUGAAUAUCUCUCCUGUCUCUUUCUUUAAGCCCCACUUUUUGAUGCUGGUCCAAGCUUAGGCAUGUAGGUUGGGAAGGCUUUUGAAGGUCAGCUC